AUGUCUCCCAAAGAUCCCACCCAUGUCCCAGUCCUCAUAAUCGGCGGCGGCAUCGUCGGUCUCACCGCAUCCCUAUGUCUCUCCCACCACUCCAUCAACUCCGUGCUCAUCGAGCGUCACGCAGGGACAUCGAUCCAUCCCCGCGCUCGCAGCGUAAACGCACGUGUCAUGGAGAUAUUCCGAGAACUCGGUCUCUGCGAAUCGAUCCGCGAGGCCGGCGCUUCAAUAGCCAAAAGUGGUGGUAUUCUCUCUGGAACGUCACUUAAAUCGGUUAUGGAAGCGCGGCCGCGUCGAGUUGGGAAGGCAGGUAUCUGGAUCCCGGAGUUCGUGAAAGACUAUGCGGAGUUCUCGCCUGAGAGCGGGACGUUUGUUACGCAGGAUAUGAGUGAGCCGGUGCUUUUGGAUGCGGCGAGGGAAGGGGGGGUUGAUGUGAGGUUUUACACGGAGUGUGUGGGUGUGGAGCAGGAUGAUGAGAAAGUCACUGCGAGAUUGAGAGAUAGGGAUUCUGGGAAUGAGUAUGUGAUCACGGCGGAUUAUCUCAUCGCAGCAGAUGGAGCCAGUUCUCCUAUUCGGAAUCAACUUCAAGUCCCUGUUACUGGCUGCGGAACAAUGGGAUAUCUCCUCAAUAUCCUCUUCACAGCAGAUCUCCGACCCCUAGUUCAAAACCGCGAAUUUAGUCUUUGUGUAAUCGAUCGUCCAGAACUCGCAGGUCUAUUCACAUCAAUCAACAAUUCCGACCGCUGGGUCUUUCAUCUCUCUUACGACCCCUCGAAAGGCGAAAGUCCUGCCGACUUUCCACCAGAACGUUGUAAAGAGUUGCUGCAACUUGCAAUAGGCAUUCCCGAGCAAGAAAUAAAUGUCAUCUCCAUCUUACCAUGGGAACCAUCCGUCCGCGUAGCCACGCAACUGAAACACAACCGCAUUUGCCUCGCCGGGGACGCAGCACAUCAGAUGCCGCCGUAUGGUGGGCAAGGCGCCACAUCCGGGAUCGCAGACGUGCAUAAUCUCUCUUGGAAACUGGCAAUGGUUCUGCGAAAGGAGGCUGGGAAGGGAUUAUUAGAAACGUACGACGUCGAACGUCAACCAGUCGGUCAAGCGGCUGCGGAGGCCUCAGCGGCGAUGGCUGAUCAUCGAGGUCUGAUCGAUUUUAAAAUCAGUCUUGCGAAGAUUGCGGCGAUUUCGAGAAUUGCGUCUCUGGUUGCGGGGUUUGGGUAUUGCUAUUCUAGUGCGAGUAAGGGGGUUGUGGCAGAGGAUACUGGCCCGCUUGGAGGAUUCACGUGGAGGUCUUGGGGUUUGGCUAGUUCGGGGCUGAAUCUUGACGGGAGACCUGGGACGAGGGUGCCGCAUGUUUGGAUUGAGAGGGGUGGGAAGAAGAUUUCUACUGUUGAUCUGGUGGGGAGGGACUUUGUGGUGUUGACUGGAAGUCAAGGGGGCGCUUGGAUUGCUGCUUGUGUUGCGGUGAAGAAUAUGCUGAGGGGAACACAGAUAGAAGCUUAUUGCUUGGGGCAAAGUGGAAUGAUGGUGGAUAAAGAUCGCAGAUUUGAAGUUGCAGCGGGCGUAUCUGCUGGCGGCGCGGUUCUCGUUAGACCAGAUGGCAUCGUUGCGUGGAGAUUGAGACGAAUGUCUCAAGAUCCUGAGACAGCAUUGUCUGAAGCGAUGGUGCGCAUAUUAUGUCUUUAA